AUCUCCGGCUGAAAACCAUCGAUUCUAUUCUUAUUAAUUAGUUCGCUUACAGUUUCUUUGAAUAACCCCUCCUCAAUGCGCCUCCACCGUUUAACCACCGCGCUCCGAAUAUUCUCGAUUCCCCUCCGACCCCAAACCACCGCGUCUCCAUUUCGCUACUUUGGCAAACCCCCUCUUCCAGUAUCCGGAGCAACAGUCCUCAAAGCCGCUCCUACAAUUCCCUUCAUUGGAUCUCUAUUCAGUUCAAGCGCCAAAGCCGAAUCUAGCGACGACAUGUCCUACCCCGAUCAGCGCAGCGAUGAUGAGUGGAGGGCUGUUUUGAGUCCUGAACAAUUCCGCAUCCUCCGCGAAAAAGACACCGAACGCCCUUACACCGGCGCCUAUGACGCUCACUACCCGUCGAACGGCGUCUACACCUGCGCCGGCUGCGACGCGCCCCUCUACAAAGCCAACCACAAGUUCAAGUCCGGCUGCGGCUGGCCUGCAUACUUUGACUCGGUUCCUGGUGCUGUGAAGCGGUUUACGGAUAGUUCGUUCGGGAUGGAGAGGACGGAGAUUGUGUGUAAUAACUGCGGAGGGCAUUUGGGGCAUGUGUUCAAAGGGGAGGGGUAUAAGACGCCGACGGAUGAGAGGCAUUGUGUUAAUAGUGUUAGUUUGAGGUUUACGGAGGGGGAUGAGAAGGCGAAGGCGUAGUGGUUGGGUUUUAGUGAUUGUAUGGGUGUGGUGUGCGGAGUAUACUGGUGUUUAGGGAGUGUUGUAUGUGGUUUUGGUGGGUGUGAUGUGAUAUGAAUAUGACUUUAUUGAAU